CAUUUUCUGAUGAAAUCCUCUUCUGAAAAGUGGGCAGAGGAGUCGACCGACCGUACAAGGAAACGCAACCAUGAUUGUAAAAAACCAGAAGUAUCGCAUUGAAGUAUUAUAACGAGCCUGUCUAUUUAGUUGAUAUCUAUUGAAUACUAAAUUUCUCAUGCGGAUGCAUUCCAUGAUUUUAUUGUAAUGAAUUGUUGAGCUUUGUUGAAGUCUCGGAUCAAGGUUUGCAUCUGCACUGUCGCCGGGUGCUACGUGCGAGACUCUAACCAGCUUUUUCUCCAACCAAGACUAAAAUGGAUUGUAUAUUUUCGUUUAUCCUGAAUUUCUCAACAUGCUAUGACUCGCCAAGGCUUUGCUCACUUUCUACAUUCACUACCCCUGUUUGUACGAUGCUUACCGCGCGAAAUAAGUCUAACCACCACUCGCAGGAAAAUGUCUCCCAUACCGCGGACAACAUGGACGAUGGUAUUCACUAUAACAGGAGAGCUAACCGGUAUGCUAUUGCUAGCCUUUCGGUGUAAGAAGAUGGAUAAGGGACAACAGUAAUGGAUGUUUCACCUGCAAUUAUGGACAGUGCUCUGGAGUGCACACCAAGUUAUUCUCAAAUGUGUCGCUAGCAACUUCCAGCGAAACGAACAGCUCUCAAAAUCAAGAUUACGUUAGCUAGCCCGGUAACAGCUGCUCAAACUAGCAUUAUUAGCACUAGUUACCUAGAUAACUAACGUUGGUUCUUGUUAUCCUUUAUUGCCAGACUAAAGUUUGUUUGUCAUGUUUAUUUUGGCAGUCUAGUUAAUACACGAGUUAUUAAUAUAUUGUGAACUAGCUACUAUAUGUCAGCGUGUUAAAUUGUCCUACACGUGUACGUUAGCUAGCUAACUAACCAAAAAGCUUUAACAAACUUCCCAGCAGCAAGCUGUCAAGCGGUAUUCUUGAUCGAAACUUUACUAAUGUAUCUUACAUAGUGACCAUUUGUUAGCCACAAGCCAGUAUUGAGAAUGUUUAGAAACAUGAAUCGCGAGGAACACUUUUCUGGUGUGAAGACGCCUCCAUCCACUCCCGCCGGGCAUGGAGUGGCCUCUCCCCGACAACCAAACCAGGAGCGCUCGUGGAUGGGCAUGUUCUCCGCGGUUUCUAGGCCUGCCCUGUCAUUUCUGCAAAAGUAUAUACCAUGGCGCCCUAGUACUCCUGCCAUGCCUCACAAUGUGACAGGGUGGGUCAGUGGGAAUUUCAAAGAUAACUUUGUAGAGGCAGAAAGCACAUUUUUAGGACAACUGGACGACGUCUUGCCUGGAACUCAACACCAUGCACAUCAUCUAUCGUACCUGCAAUACCAGCAUGGUAGCCCUGGGCUAGCAGCGUCAGGUAAUAGUACUCCGAGUUGGUUGACAGCAGAUUCUCUUUACGAGUUAGGGAUUCAAAAUGCUGCUGAAAUGGACUUAAAUAUAAGGCAACAAACUUCGGUAGGAUACCUCGCAAUCGCGAGAGGUUUUCUCAGUAAUGUUUUGUUGAACGCAGCGUCGGCUCAGGAAAUGAAACACCCAGACCAAGGGCAUGUACCUGGUGGGAACGGUUGGUCAUCUGACGCAGUGUCAGCCAGAGAAGAUAGUACCGCUGGUAACUGGUGGGGUGGGCUUUGGGGAACCAAUAGUGCCCAAGGGUGGCUGUCAAAUGUGUCUUGGAGAAAAGAGUGCACUGGGGAAAACAACAGUAAUGGUCAUUGUUUUCAACCGGAGUGUGGUACAAAGGCUAUGGUUACCAAGCCAACAGGGCUGUUUGUACAGUUCGAUGAUAACGAAUCAAUGGAUGGCAAAAGCACUCGCGCCUCCUGCAACAAAGAGGAGCCAAAGGACAAUGGAAGCCUUCAAACAUCCACCUGGCCAGAAUCUCUCCCUUUCCCUGACAGUUUCUCAUUAGAUCACUGGGAAACAGUCGGUAUCAGUGAUCAUCUUGUCAGAGUUGGAGCUGUCACUGCCUGCAGUGAGGUGGCAGUUUUUACCCCUGACCAGGAUAAUGGUUAUUCCAGUCUGGAAGAAGAACACUCCACCUCCAGACUGUACAUGUUAAGGCCUCCCAUUGAAGAGCUACAGGGGAUCACAGAGAUGAAGGAAGAGACCAUCACAUCUGACACACCAACACAGGGGAGCUCUGGAGAGAGUGGGCCAGAGAGGGAUGCAUCCAAUCAUAGAGAAGUGGGUGAGACUGCUGCCACUGGAGGGAUGGAAUUAGAGGAGGAGGAAGAGAUUGAGGACUCUGACUUCUCAGACUCUGAGGAAGAGGAAACGGCGGCUGAGGGUCCAUCAGUGUCUACCAUCGCACUGCCCCCCUCCACCCCCCAGUGCAGUAACAAGGCCAUCGCCUACAUCAUGGGCAGCCCCUGCAGCGACGACAGCCAAUCAGACGACUCACUCAGCGAGGAGGAUGACGAUGGUUUCGACAGCGAGGGCUCGUCAGAAUUCUCCAAUUCCGAGUUGUUGGAUGACGAUGAAGAGGAGGAUGACUCUGAGACUGAGAGACUGUGGAACUCACUGUGCCAAAGCAGGGACCCCUACAACCCCCAAAACUUCACCGCCCUCCUUACCAACCCCAGGACCAUCCCCUCCACCUCUACAGCCACCACAGCCUGCUCCCCUCACACUUCACCCCCAGAGCAACCUCCCUCUCCACUCUCCUCUUCUUCCCCCUCUCCUGCGGAGGAGUUUGGCUCGGAGUCCAGCAGUAGUGAGGUGGAUGAGGCUGAGAGCCUGAGGCUGUGGGACUCCUUCAGCACCUCCUCAGACCCCUACAGCCCAUUCAACUUCCAGGCCCUGCUCAGGACUAGAGAGCCAGUCUGGACAAGGGCAAAAGCCGGGACAGGGGCGCGCUGUAAGAAGAGCAGCAAGACAACCCCCCGUCAUGGACAGGGCCAGGGACAGAGCCACUCACCCCCCCAGUACAGGAAGGAGGAGGCAGAGGAGAGACUGGACAGUGGCUUCUCAGAGAUCCCUCCCACCCCAGAGAUCACCACCACGGGCUGCGUCACAGUCAAAAAGGUGGGUUUCUGUGAUGAGGUGGAUGAGUUCUACGCCAGCGAGGACGAUGAGGACAGGCGUGGGCCGUGGGAGGAGCUAGCCAGAGACCGCUGUCGCUUCCUCCGCCGUGUUCAGGAGGUGGAGGAGAGCAUCGGCUACGUGUUCAGCUCCACCUUCCGCCUCACCGUCUGCCAGAGACGACACCACAGCUGACCCCUAACCUCUGACCCCUACAACACAACUGAUCGUAAAUCAUGUUUCUCUGUGACCCUCUAACAUCCCUCCCUGUCCCUAAAUCCUAUUUUCAACAGACUGCAUCAGAACUUCUUAGUCAUCCCCCCCUACCCAGUGAUCCUCCCCCAACUCCCAAACCUUCAGACUGGAUUUGCAGAAAAGACCACUUCAGAGCUGUUUACUAGAUCAGUGGUUUCCAGACUGUUGACUAGACCAGUGUUUUCCAGACUGUUGACUAGACCAGUGGUUUCCAGACUGUUGACUAGACCAGUGGUUUCCAGACUGUUGACUAGACCAGUGGUUUCCAGACUGUUGACUAGACCAGUGGUUUCCAGACUGUUGACUAGACCAGUGGUUUCCAGACUGUUGACUAGACCAGUGGUUUCCAGACUGUUGACUAGACCAGUGGUUUCCAGACUGUGGGUCCAGACCAGUGGUUUCCAGACUGUGGGUCCGGACCAGUGGUUUCCAGACUGUGGGUCCGGACCAGUGGUUUCCAGACUGUGGGUCCGGACCAGUGGUUUCCAGACUGUGGGUCCGGACCAGUGGUUUCCAGACUGUGGGUCCGGACCAGUGGUUUCCAGACUGUGGGUCCGGACCAGUGGACUGUGGGUCCGGACCAGUGGUUUCCAGACUGUUGACUAGACCAGUGGUUUCCAGACUGUGGGUGGGGACCAGUAGUUUCCAGACUGUGGGUGGGGACCAGUGGUUUCCAGACUGUGGGUGGGGACCAGUGGUUUCCAGACUGUGGGUGGGGACCAGUGGUUUCCAGACUGUGGGUGGGGACCAGUGGUUUCCAGACUGUGGGUGGGGACCAGUGGUUUCCAGACUGUGGGUGGGGAUCAGUGGUUUCCAGACUGUGGGUCGGGACCAGUGGUUUCCAGACUGUGGGUCGGGACCAGUGGUUUCCAGACUGUGGGUCGGGACCAGUGGUUUCCAGACUGUGGGUCGGGACCAGUGGUUUCCAGACUGUGGGUCGGGACCAGUGGUUUCCAGACUGUGGGUCGGGACCAGUGGUUUCCAGACUGUGGGUCGGGACCAGUGGUUUCCAGACUGUGGGUCGGGACCAGUGGUUUCCAGACUGUGGGUCGGGACCAGUGGUUUCCAGACUGUGGGUCCGGACCAGUGGUUUCCAGACUGUGGGUCGGGACCAGUGGUUUCCAGACUGUGGGUCGGGACCAGGGGUUCAGGUGGGUUGCUUGUGCGUUACAAAACAUAGAUAUACUUUUUUAAUGCGUUUUUGUGAUGGAAAAAAGCGUUCUUCGUAAACUUAAUCAUCUAAAUAGAAAGUGUGUACAAAAGACAAUGGACCUGUAUAUUUUUCCUCAUAAAAAUGGCUUAAAAUAUCAUUUUUAAUUUCAGCUUCAGUAAAAAAUGUGUAGACUUACGGGAAAUAAGCUUUACAUCUGCAACAUUUUUACUUUGUUCUGUGCAUGUUUUUGUUCCACCUCAAUUUAUGGGAGUAAAAUGUUUGGGAACCCCUGGACUAGAAGACAUACCCUCACACCUCUCUCUCCUGACCCCUUACUGUCAGUCUUGGGUGUUGAAGACUUGAUAAUACAGAUUUUCUUCCUGCCUGCUUCCUGAUCGUUUGCUGUUUUGUUUGAAUCUCAGUGGAGUGAUUACCUAAUAUAGGAUAUGAUUAAGGGCGACUGCAUAUUGCUAACUAGGAGGUAUACAGGUAAUGUAAAGGUAGAAGGGCUUACUGGUUCCAGUGGGACAAACACAGAGCAGGUAUUCUGCUGAGCCGUGUGCUCAGUAACCUGACUGGAAAACAGAACUCUACACAAGACACUUCAGCCAAAAGUGUCUUUUAUAUUUAGUUUUAAAAUUGGUUUUAUUAAUUUGUCCCGUUGAUUUAAACUGCGCUUUUGGCGUUGCUCCGUCCUUCUCUCUGACACAUCCAUUUGGGUUUCUGCUCUCAGUAGUGUUCUCAGUUUCAUGUCAUUGUGAUCUGAACCCAGGUCAGUAUUUAAGGGGUUCGGUAUAAUCCUACUCUGCACCCACAGCCAAAUGUCACACUGCUCUCCGGAGCUGGAUUGGGGUUUAAGAGCUUUUGGAAAGCAAACUUGGUUUUGAAUUAAUUUAUUAUUUCCUUUUUAUAAAUGUUAUCUUCCUGUAAACCAUGCCAUGCAGAGUACACACUAACAUUGACAGUGUUGUAUUUGAUUUGAUCCUAAGCAGGGGUUGUAAACCUACAGUAUGAAGUGUAAAACACUCCUCAACUGUAUUGGUGGUUAGUGUUAAAACCAAGCCUGUGUUGUAGUAGUGUCUUCCUGGUUUCAAUCAUUUCUCAGGACCAAGUUUGGGAAAGCCUGAUUGAGCAGUCGCUCUUAUUGAGAGUGACUUACAGGUAUUUAUUGCCAAACAAGCAGGUAUUUCUAGUGAACAGUCAGUAGAGCUCCUCUGACUAUUUCUGGGCUGAAGUGAAGGCUAUAAGGGUUAAGUGGAAGUAUGUGCAUGAUCCUUGUCUUAAAUGGCCUCCUUUCCUCUAUCUACUUCCCUCACGGUGGUUCCUAGAAUAAACAAUUGCUUUAAUCUAUCUACAAUUUGCACCAAUAGACCUUCAAUAAUGCUUUCUCAAAUGUAAAGCUUGCAUCCAUCAAUGGUCAUCUUGGAAAGGAGAUGUGUUAAGGAAGCCCUUCUCUAGCUAUAACACAUCUUAAGUGCUUUUCAUGAGACCCAAAGUCACUGAACUUAAACCUCUUACCCUUACUAUUUAACCCUGUGACGCUUCUACGGACCCAGCGUUGUGUAUCUAUUGUUGAGGGGUUAGUGUCCCUACUGUGGAUAAAGGAUUAACCUCUGUUGUGACCAGGUGAGGGAAAAGCAGGGAUGUGAAACGCACGUUAUUCUGAAGUGAUUCUCAGAAUGAAAAAAAUACAAUAUGAAAGCUGUGCUCGGAUCUGAAGAAUAUAACUCUUUAACUUGGUGUUAUUUUAGUCAGUACAAUUAACAUGAAAUUGUUUUAUUUUUGUAAAAUUUAGAAUAAGUUAGUUGCGCUGCAUAACUUAUACAUUUUGAAUCCAUAUUCAUUGAAAAUAAAUCAAUAUUGAAUUAUGAA